UCACUACGGUCGCCAUGUUUUCUUUGCGGGUUUGGACAGCCCACCCUUCACGGCCUUGAAGGAACGCACCAAUGCUCGUUUGAAGGACAAUUCCUGGCGGCUAUGGGCGGUUCCACUUCACUGGCUAUGUGGUUCUGGUCUAGCGGCACCAGCAGACCAGCGCCAAAGGUAAGUACUCUCUUCCGAAACGGUCGUCCUGGAUUAGGAAGAGAUAUCCUUUUUCCAACUACUCCAUCCAACAGCUUUCAUGUGCUAUGCGUGUCUUCUCAUCUCACUACGGUCGCCAUGUUUUCUUUGCGGGUUUGGACAGCCCACCCUUCACGGCCUUGAAGGAACGCACCAAUGCUCGUUUGAAGGACAAUUCCUGGCGGCUAUGGGCGGUUCCACUUCACUGGCUAUGUGGUUCUGGUCUAGCGGCACCAGCAGACCAGCGCCAAAGCAAACACUUGAGGAAGUCAUUCUACUGGCCUUUGGAGGCGCGUACGGCGCUUGCACAGUAUCUCAGAUCGAAGGGGUGGAUUGUACUCGAAUGCUCGACCGAGGCGGAUAUCGAUAUGGCCUGUGAUUGCACACCCGGUGAUGUGAUUAUAUCAAUCGACAGCGACAUGUUUAUCUACAAGAACGUCUCGAUCAUUAGGCUGUCAAUUUCAAGAUGGCGGUUUCUCGUUUAUGUCCUUCCAGAUGUCCUUGCCACCCUAGGCAUCAAUAGAACUCAAUUGACAGUGCUUGAUCUGGUGUCGCACAACGAUUACAAUAGUAACAUCCAUGGACUAGGAUGUGCAACCAAUUUCAGUAUCAUCAAAGGGUUGCAUGGCAACGUCGCGUCGUUCUUAACAUGGAUCAAAACACCUUUGCGGCCUUAUCAAGGUGUUCGCCCAGGGGGUGCAGACUCCUGCACAACUUGUUCUUCUCACUGAGUCCUCCGGACAAGAGCCAAUGGCCUUUGGCAUUAAUAUAGCGACCCAUCCAAGGAAAGGGUCAUAAGCAAUGCGCCAGAGAAGAGGGCAUUCUACCCCAUCCUGGUCCAAACC